AUGAGCAUCGCGGCCAUCGCCCGCAGGAACUGGGCGCUGCGCCUCUCGGUGGUGCUGAACGUGUGCGUGCUGCUGUACGUGUGCGCCCACAUCGGCUCGUCCGGGCCGUGGAUCGAGGAACCGCCGACCAACUGGGCGGCGGCGGCGCCGCUCCAAUCGGACACCUACGAUAACCUCGUCAACGGCACCCAGAAGGGCGCCGCGGCUGCCGCCGCAUCCUCCUCGUCGUCAUCGUCGUCGUCGUCGGCCGCGCUCGUCGGCGCCACCAAUAAUGCGGCGCCGACCAACAACGGCGGCGCCGGCCGUCCCCUCGGGAUCAUCCUCGUCACCACGACGCCUCCUCCCAACGGGGCCAAGGCCGAGACCGUCGACAAGCCGCAGGAGCAUCCGCAUAAUCAGACGAUGAAGAACGGCACGUCGAGCGUCACGCGCGAACCGAUGAGCCUGAAGGAGGCCGUGCCCUGCAACGAGAAGUCGACCGAGCCGAGGCGGGCGCAGCGCGGCGACUACUGGGUCCUGUACAAUUACGUGCCGAUGAGCAUGGCGGUGAGAUGCUGGGAGAGCGUGACGUACACCACGCACGCCGACUACACGUUCCUCGACAAUCUGGAGCCGCUGCUGGAGCGCUGGCGGGCGCCGAUAUCGAUCGCCAUGCACGCACCCGGCACCGACUUCCCGGCGACCCUCGACGCCAUCAGGUACUCGAGGAACUGCGGCAGUCCUCUGGUCUCGCAACUGGUGACCUUUCACAUCUUCUUCAGCAGCAAACACGUGCCAAAAGUGAUACCGUCGUCGGAGAAGAUCACCGCCGACACGUACAACUGCACGCUCGGGCCGCCGUGGGUGAACGUCAGCCUCGCGAAGAUGUACAAGAACGAGAAGAAGCUGCUGUAUCCGGUGAACGUGGGCCGCAACAUAGCGCGCGAGUCCGCGCCCACCUUCUACGUGUUCGCCAGCGACAUCGAGCUGUACCCCAGCCCGAAUCUGCCCGUCAAGUUCCUCGAGAUGAUCCGGCGGCGGGAACAGCCGGCCCUCCACAAGCCCAAUCCCAAGCUCUUCGUGCUGUCCAUCUUCGAGGUGGACGAGAAGAGUCAGCCGCCUAACAAUAAGACGCAUCUGAUACAGAUGCUGAAAGCGGGCACCGUCAUACCGUUUCAUAAGAAAUUGUGCUCCGGCUGCCACAACGUGCCGAAGAGCAAAGAAUGGCAGGAAGCGCCGGAGACGGAGGACCUGCACAUCUUCCACGUCGGCAAGAGGACCGGCAGCUUUGUACACUGGGAGCCGAUCUUCAUCGGGACUAAUAAUGAUCCUUUUUACGACGAAAGACUCAGUUGGGAGGGAAAGAGUGAUAAAAUGACGCAGGGUUACGCGCUUUGCGUUCUCGAUUAUGACUUUCUCAUUUUGGACAACGCCUUCCUGGUGCAUCGACCUGGUAUCAAGAUCUUCAAGAAGGAUCCGCAUCGCGAUAUGCUUACCGCCAAGACGAAUGCGCUUAUCAAGAAGAUUAUCAUGCCGGAGUUGAAGGUGCUGUACGGCACGAGGAAGGGCUGUGCCGUGUAGCCCGUGGAGUCGCGGGCACGACAGCGCGUGCUCUACAGGUGCCCGUCCGUACGAUGGAAUCAUCUGUCGUCGUCGUCGUCCGCGUCGUCAUCGUCGUCGUCGACUUUCGUCAUGCAGCAACAGACCGCCGCCCGAAUGCGCAACGAGCCGGUGCUGCGAUUCGCUCUGGGACCCCGAGACCGUGUUCACGUGCGCUCCGCGCUACCCUCUCGCGAGUGGAACUUGAAAAAAAUUCGCUGCGAUUCGUAGAGGACACUUCCCCUUCCCUCCAAUCUACACGCCAACUGAACGGUGCCGAACGAACAAGCGAAUUAUAUAAGUUAUUCGGUGAGUUUAGAGUAACCAGCGUCGUUGUUUCACGGAAGCGUCGUGCUCGCGUGUGAUGAGCGUGCGUCACUUCGCCGCUAUCGCGAUUAUCAUCGAUCAUCAUUGCCAUCACUUUUUUUUAUCGUUAGCAGCGUCGGUGCUAUAGUGUCUUACGAGAAACGUGUCGAGGCAACGUGAAGGAGGGAAAGAUUUGCACGAAAGAAGUAAUGUAUGUACGUCGCGACGCUCAGAUAUUCUCUCUCUCGGUGGUAAUUCUCUAGCUUUCGUAAAACAAAAAAAAGGAUACCUAGUACGUAAAGGAAUCUCGUGCCGCGUAUUUUUCACACAGACAAAUUCUCUCCCUUAGCAAGUACGGUUGUACAUAAUGAAAACGGUGCCUCAUAUACAUCCAGUAUAUCUACUGCACUUUCGGUGAAAGUUGAACGAACGAACGGUGCCAGUUCCGACGCGACUUCCUCGUGGAUCGUGACCGUCAUUAUGAUCGAAGCCGGCUAUUUAUUUGCAAAUACGGUAUCUCUGUGGAAUAUUACUUUGGAUAACAGUAAUCUACGUGAAGAGUUUCAUAAAAUUUCACGUUACAUAACCCUAGCUAGCAAACAUUUAUCUGUCGAUUAUCCUUCUUUAUCUCGAAUGUUCAGCAAAUCUUCCGUAAAUAUUUUCAAGUUAAUUCACGACACUAUCUCGUUAUUGUUAAAAACCUUUUGUUGUAACCUUUCGAUUCAAUUUAUUAAAUGAAAGUUGUUGCUGUUAAAUUUUAUAUAUCGUUUUUCUAUAACUUCUAAAUAACGUUUGAGUUUCAAACAAUAGGUCUGCUCGUUUCUCUCUCCUUUCUCUUCUUUAUGUAGAAAUUUAACUCACAUCAUAUUUGGAACCUCUAAUACGCUAGUUUCAAUUUAUAAUAUACUGAUGAACUUAGACUGAACUAAUUUGCGAUAAACCAAAUGCAUUAAAAGUUCGCAGUCCGAACUGUUCGCCGGCAAAUAACGGCUCUUCUUUUGACUAUAGACAUUGAGAAACAAGAACUUAGCAAGCGCGGAAUUAUUCA